ACAAAGCCAUUAGCAAAAACCGAAGUGAUGAGUGGCAUCUUGAAUGGGGAAGUACACAAAGAGUGUCCGCAGGCCAAGUCAACGAUAUAUCUGUACAUUGUUUCUGGAAACACAGAUAUGGAAGUUGAGUUGACCCACAUGCAAGAACACCUGUACCCUAAACUUCGAGAUCACUUCAGUCAGCGAGGGCACGAGCUGAGGGUUCUAGAUCUUCACUGGGGAUUUAGAGACACUGUCUCGGAUGACCACGGCAUUCCGCGAGUUCUCCAUCAGGCAAUCAGCAAGGCACACCACUCGGAGUUUGGGAUUAAUUUUGUGAUUCUGCUAGGACAGAAGUAUGGGCACUGUCCUUUGCCACUGGAAAUCCCAAAAGAGGAAUUAGAGAAGAUUCUAAAAGCAGCAACUGAAUACAAGAAAGAACAGAAGCAAAUAAUUAAAGAUGCUGGCUCAGAAAAGAAACAACGAAAGAGUGUAAUUUUACGAGACACUGAACAAGAGUUACCCGAUACAAAAGCCUUGCGUCAGUGGUACAUUCUGGAUGAGAACUCUAUACCUGCUGUUUACAGACUUCAGAAUAUCAGCACAAUGUUCAAAGAUAUUACACGAAACGAUGCAGCAAAGAGGCAAGUGACCAAACUGGCAUUUGCAUCUAUAGAGACGAGGCUUCGGAAAAUUCUGAAGACGUUUUCUGUGCACGUGACCAAUGAUGAAGUAGAUGGUAGACAACAAUCUCUUGUAGUGCUUGAACAUGAGAUAAGUUCAGUCUGCGAUCUCCCGACGGCAAUUGAGCACAUGGUUUGCGUGGUCCGAACACUGGACCAUCUGACCGAGAACCUGGAUGAUCUGUCUGCUGGAGAUUACGUGGACCUUGCUCCGGGAAGUGAAGCAGCACUGGACUCUGACAAGACAACCAGGAUGGAGGCUAUCAAACAUAGGCUGAUGGACGUCCAGACUGAUGAGAACCGUUUAGCCGUCUAUUCCGUCGACUGGACCUCCGGAGGCAUCAGACCACACGUCCAUCGAGCACACUCGACGUACACGGAUCGAAUGUGCAAGACUCUCUUUAACCAAAUUGUUAAUCAUCCGGAUCUGAAGACUCCGGCAGAGGCACCGUCAACGUGGAAACAUGAGCUGUUCUAUGAAGUGUCAGAGCAUGUACGGAUAUGUCAAGAAAGAGCCCGUGUCAUUCAAGAUUGUGAGCAUGUUCUGGACAAAAUUCAAAGCUACCUGCUGUCAGAUACCAGACGCCCCUUGGUUGUGCAUGGACAAUGCGGUUGUGGGAAGUCAACUAUUUUGGCGGCAGCAGCUGUGAGAGUUCAUUCAUGGAUGAAGGGCAAGAAGGUGAAUCCCCAUGUUCUAGUGCGCAUGAUUGGAUGUACAAGUAACUCUACAAAUAUCCGCACACUGCUGAGGGAUGUUAGUCGUCAGCUGUGUCACGUGUUUGAUCAAAGUCCUCUGGAAAUACCCACGGUAAGAACCAUUGUCAAGCAAACGUGA